CGUGACCCGCGACCCCCGCCCCCCACCCGGCAUCGCCCGCAACGUUCGCUCCGUGCGCGCGUCGAGUGCCUACACCGCGACCCCCUGCCUCGCUCUCGGGUACCCUCUGGGGAUCGUUCCAGUUGCAAAGCCACCAUGCCUAUAACUCGGAUGCGAAUGAGACCCUGGUUGGAGAUGCAGAUUAAUUCCAACCAAAUUCCAGGGCUGAUCUGGAUUAAUAAAGAAGAGAUGAUCUUCCAGAUCCCAUGGAAGCACGCUGCCAAGCACGGCUGGGACAUCAACAAGGAUGCCUGUCUGUUCCGGAGCUGGGCCAUCCACACAGGCCGAUACAAAGCAGGGGAAAAAGAGCCAGAUCCUAAGACGUGGAAGGCAAACUUCCGGUGCGCCAUGAACUCCCUCCCAGACAUCGAGGAAGUGAAGGACCAGAGCAGGAACAAGGGCAGCUCAGCUGUCCGUGUGUACCGCAUGCUGCCACCCCUCACCAAGAACCAGAGGAAAGAGAGAAAAUCUAAGUCCAGCCGAGACACUAAGAGCAAAACCAAGAGGAAGCAGCUGUGCGGAGGAGAUUCUAGCUCCGACACCUUCUCCGACGGACUCAGCAGCUCCACUCUGCCUGAUGACCACAGCAGCUACACAACUCAGGGCUGGGGUCAGGACCUGGACGUGGACCGGGACCUUACUCCAGCGCUGUCACCCUGUGUCGUCAGCAGCACGAUCCCCGAAUGGCAUAUGCAGAUGGACAUUAUGCCAGACAGCACCACUGAUCUGUAUAACUUGCAGGUGUCGCCCAUGCCCUCUACCUCCGAAGCUGCAACAGAUGAGGAUGAGGAAGGGAAGUUACCUGAGGACAUCAUGAAGCUUUUUGAGCAGUCAGAGUGGCAGCCGACACACGUGGAUGGCAAGGGAUACUUGCUCAAUGAACCGGGAGCCCAGCCCUCUUCUGUCUAUGGAGACUUUAGCUGCAAGGAGGAACCAGAGAUGGACAGCCCUGGGGGGGACUUUGGAACGGACAUACAGCGUACCUUCAUGGAUCUGAAGAGUAUGGACUCCAUUUGGAUGGACAGCCUGCUGCCCUCCACUGUCAGGCUGCCCCCCAUUCAGGCCAUUUCUUGUGCACCAUAGUUUGGGUCCCUGACCCGUUCUUGCUCUCCUGAGUCGGUGAGCAAGGCCUGGCAUCAUGGUAGCUGUGAUACAGAAAAGGAAGACUGCUGUGGCCCCCUGACAUAGCCCCACUGCCAAGCAGGGACAGGACUACCUUCCUUGGGUCAGUGAGCUCUCAGGGCUUGGAAUGCCAGGGUCUGGGUUUUUCUUGGGAGGUGAAGCUGGCCUUGACUUCUAGGAAGAUGGACUGGGCUUCUGAGGUUAGUGGGAGGUAGAAGGCAGGGACAGGAGUUAUCCUCUACCUUUUUAAAGACCUGUUGCCCGGAGAGGGUCUUGUCACUGGGCUGGCUGUGAGGGGAAGAGACCAGCGACCUCAGGAGAGCACAGCACCGACCCCAGGGCUGGCUCUGCACUAGGAGACAAUUGCACUAAGUGAGUCCUAUUCCCAAAGAAUUGCUGCCCUUCCCAGCCGAGCCCUGGGACGGUUCCAAAGCCAGUGAAAUGUGAAAGAAAAAAGGGGGUCCUGUGAGACUUGGCUCCUUCAGCCCCAGGGGAGUUCUGCCUCGCUACCUGCCCUGGCUGUGGGGCUCAGGAAAAAACACGGCACUUUCUCUGUGGACCGUACCACAUUUCUGGUUAGAGGUGUACACUAACUUUUCUCCCCACAUCUUGGCCCUUGUGUUUAUUUAUACAGUGCCUUCUGGUGCCUGCUGUCUCCUCAGGCCUUGGCAGUCCUCAGUGGGCCCAUGGAUGGGGUUGUGAGCGCCUUGGCGUGACUCUGAAUAUUGGGAACGCCACCUAACUAAAUUGUAUUUGAUCACAUAUAGAUCUGUGUAAAUAUGUAUAUUUUUCUUUUUAUAAAAAGUUAAUUGUUUACAA